GCGACUUUCAACCGACUACGAUGGUGGCGGAGAGCAGUUAGCCAGCUUUUUUUAUUAACGCGCUAACCAGAUGCACUAAUCACUCAUUAGUAUUCGGCCUGAGAGCGACGACUUUGAAAACACGUUUUGAGGCACAACAAUUCGAUAGUACUCAUUAAAAAACGACACAAAAACAAAUAUUAAAAGAUGACAGAUACCACUUCUAAAGGUGCCCUUAACAACGGCUACGAAAUGGAUCAUAAGGAACUUAGCAUACCAGACAUUGAGGAGUUUAAGGAGCUCCCACCCAUCGACAGCAAUGAAAGUGUCACAAAAAAAACCUAUUGGGACUCGAAUCCAAAAGUUGUUCGCAUUGUAAAGAUCUUGCUAUAUGUUGCUCUGCAUCUUGUGGUUGUCGGCUACUUUUCCUAUGCCACUUACCAUUAUAAUGAUAUAACUAACUACGAAUGCACCUGGAGUGGGAGCACCAAUCCCCUCUGUGGCAUCAACUUUUGCAGUGGAUAUGGAAUGCUAGUCCUUCUCCUGGGAUUCAUCUACUUGGGUCUCUUUUACUAUUACAUAUUUAAGGACACUGUUGGAGUCUAUCUGUACAGACAUUUUUUGGGACCUUUAUCCAAGAAAUGGCACAGCUUUAGCAGAACCCGAAUUGUGUCACUUGCUUCCAUUGUCCUUCUUCUAGUCCUGUUGGGCAUUUUCCUCUUCUUUGAGACUAAAGAUGAGCCUCAGAAGCUGGUAUCAUUGGUAGCACCCUGCUUCUUCAUCCUGUGCGGAUACGUUUUCUCCACCAAGCGAGCGGCCAUUAAAUGGCGCGUGGUCAUCACCGGAAUCACUUCCCAGUUCCUGCUCGGCAUCAUCUGCAUCCGCUGGGAGGUGGGACGCAAAAUCUUCGAGUGCCUGGGCAACAAGGUGGCCACUUUUCUGGGCUACGGCACUGAUGGAGCCCUCUUCGUGUUUGGCAACUUUCUGGUGGAGAACGAUGUCUUCGCCUUCGCCAUCCUGCCAGUGAUUUUCUUCUUCAGCUUCUUUAUCUCCAUCCUGUACUACCUGGGUGCGAUGCAAUGGGUGGUGAUCAAAUUGGGCUGGAUCCUGCAGUCAAUUUUGGGCACCACCGUCUGCGAGAGCGUGACGGCGGCCGCCAACAUCUUCCUGGGCAUGUCCGAGAGUCCACUGCUCAUCCGUCCGUACAUCAACAAGCUGACCAAGAGUGAGAUCCACAGCAUCAUGGUGUCUGGCUUUGCCACGGUUUCCGGCACUGUUCUGGCUGCCUACCUCUCCUUCGGCGCCUCGGCCGCCCAUCUGAUCACCUCCUCGGUGAUGGCAGCUCCCGCCACCCUGGCAAUUUCCAAGCUCUACAUGCCGGAGACGGAGGAGAGCCAAACCACCUCAGACUCAAUAGAAUUGGAGAAAUCACAAGAUUCCUCAUUAUUGGACGCCGCAUCCAGUGGAGCAAGCAAUGCCGUGCCCAUCGUCCUGGGCAUCAUCGCCAACAUUGUGGCCUUUGUAGCCUUUGUUGCCUUCCUGAACGGCCUGGUCAGCUGGUUGGGGUAUUUGGUGGGCGUCGAUGACAUCGACUUUGAAUGGAUAUUCUCCAAGCUAUUUAUCCCACUCGUCUGGGCAAUGGGCGUGCCCAAGGAGGACUGCAACAUAAUUGCUAAGGUCGUGGCCACCAAGACCAUAAUCAACGAGUUCGUUGCCUAUGAACGUCUGGGACAGUACAUAGAAAGUGGCGAAAUUACAGCCCGCAGUGCUGGAAUCGCUACCUUUGCCAUUUGCGGCUUUGCCAAUCCCAGUUCCUUGGGUAUCCUGAUAGGAUCCUUGAGCGCCAUGGCGCCACAUCGUCGUUCCACGAUCACAGCCGUGGCCUUCCGAGCCUUUGUGGUCGGCAGUAUUGUCUGCUUUGUGUCUGCCAGUUUUGCAGGUAUUCUCCUGCAAGAAGACGAUGAAAGAACCAGCUACAAUGUGAUUAUGGAGAAAUUGGGACGAAGAAAUGUUACAAAGUUUUAGAUCCUAUUAAUUAAGUGAUCUUGUUAAGCAGACUAAUAAAUUUAUUAUUUAUUUA